AUGGCCCGCAUCAUCGACCUGGUGCCCUGGGACGACGGCUCCACGCACGUGUACGCGUCCCCCGCCAUCCUGCUGCCGGUGGAGCGGCAGCGCAAUGCGCUGGCCGGCGUGAAGCAGCAGCUCUACCACCCCGCCCUGCCCAGCCUGCGCCGCAUGGACAUGGACUCGGUCAAGGCCUGCCUUUCCGAUGAGCACUGUCGGUGCUCCACCUACUGCCGCAGAGAUGACUUUGACAAUGCCUACUUCACACUUUUGGGUGUCCCCAACAAACCCCUGCAGUGCUUGGACGUCACCGCGACCGGCCAGAGGCUCCGCAACAGGUGCCGCGAGGGAAAGCUGGUACCCAUCGUGCCAGGCAUCAAGCGGGUCGACUGGCCCUGCUUCACGCGCGCCAUUGAGGACUGGUCCCGCUUCGUAUCCUCGGCCGGCGAGUUCAAGCUGCCCUGCCCGAGCAAGAGGGUUGAGAGUUUCAGUGGAUAUGCUGUGCGGUACUUGAAGCCGGAGGUGACCCAGAACUGGCGGAGAGAGCUGUCUGGGGCCGGGGAAGGGGUCAGUGUUCCCCUCGGCUCACGGACCGCCCAUUCCUCUGGCCCGGACCAGUACUGUCUCAACCAGAACCCCAGCCUGGACCGCUAUGGACAGAAGCCCCUGCCUUUCGACUCCUUGAAUGCUUUCCGACGCUUCGGUUCAAUCUACAGUCGUGUCAACUACCUGACCCCCUGGCAUUAA